UUUGGAGUACCGCGCAAGCUCGCCGAAUCCAGAUAUGUCGUAUCUCAGACAAUUUAUCGAUCGCCGUUGCCAUUUUAUUUUCACAGCUGAUGGGUAGUUGAAUAAGAUUUGUUCGUAGCUGAAGUAAACGUCCGCCGCGAAUCUUAAAAUUUAAACAGGUCAUGUAUAUCGAAAUGUGGAGUCUGUUGAGAACUGUUCUGUGUUUGCUUUUUAUAGUUAGCGAUUUAGGCAUUCUAGGAAGCGUUAGUGAAAACGUCAGGGAAAAUGACAGCAAAGUUUCUGGAAUACAAGACAAUAACAUAAAGAAACGCUACGAUGCUGACAUACAAAACUGCAUCGAAAAUUUUGAUAUUCACAGUGAUAAAAUCAUUCGAACGCAAGACUCUUUAGAUAUGGGAGCCAAAUACAUAAACGAAGUGGAAGUAGCAUCAAGAGAAGAAUGUUUAAGACUGUGCUGCGAAACGAAUUCCUGCGAUGUUUUUGUGUUUGAAGAAAAGGUGCCGGGCAGCUGCUACAUGUUCCACUGCGGGCCGGUGGGCGACUUCCGCUGCAAGUUCACCAAGCACCGCAACUACAGCAGCGCCGUCAUGGCGGGCCCGCACUCGGGGAUGGAGGCUGCUUCGGAGCUGGAGCAGCAGAUCCGGCUCACCAAGCACGAGCAACAGCUCACCAACCUAAGGAAGUCUGAGUCACUGCCCGCGUCCUCGGCGCUGGAGCAGCUGCCGGCCAUCCCGGAGUCUGACGGCGCCGCCUCGCAGCCAGCCCCGCCGCCCCCGCACCCAGAAGCGCUGGCCACGCCGCCGCCGCCCACGCAUCCGCCCCCGCCCCCGCCGCCUCCUCCCGCUCCCACUCAGCCUCCCACCACGCCUCCUGGCCGGAGGUGCAGUCGGUACCAGUUCGAGUGCCGGGAGUCCGGAGAGUGCAUCGCCAUCUACAACGCGUGCGACGGCAUCCCGCAGUGCGCCGACGGCAGCGACGAGGCUGUCGAACUGGGCUGCCCGGCCCCCGCCCCGCCACCCACAACAAUACCACCACCACCUCCACCACCACCGCCAACGCUCAGUCCCCCGGUAUACCAACAAGUGGAAAUGCAUCCUGAAGCACCACCAGUUCGCUAUGGACCUUCACAGCAGCAGCUGCCCUCCCAAGUUCAUAAGCAGCAAGUCCUGCAGGGAGAUGAAAGGCAAACACAGCACAUGCAACAGCAACCACUUCAUGCCUACCAGUAUCAGUCUGCUAGUCACAUCCCUGAGAAUGAACCUCUACCUUCACAGCAGCAACAGCAACACCAGCAGCAAUUUAAACAACCACCUCAUCAGCAAAAGUAUGUGGAAAAUGGCAUGUUACUACAUGUCCCAGUGCAGCAGGCUCAACGAGGAUUCUAUAAUCAAGAUUCCUGGCAAAGUCAGCAUCAGUACCAACAGUAUGAUGAUCAGAACAGUCACAUAUUUAACCACAAAGGGAGUGGAUUAGUCACAGAUACAGACAGGUACAAACAUACAGGGAAACACCCAGCUAGGUACAAUCCAGCAGGCCAAUACAAUGAAGUUCCCCAUGAAGAAUUUAACAAAUAUGGCAACAAUGUGCCAGCAAACUAUUACAACAAUGGCCAGUAUCAGAUGCCAUCCCUUCAGAACAACUGGCAAGGACAGCAACAGUCCAAUGCCAUAAAUCCAAACAUGGUGCACACUCCAGAUGAAGUACCUCCUGUAGGACAGUCUAGGAUGUCUGCUGAAGGCCCACAAAGUUAUGGAACUGGGCCUGUGCCUCCAGAUUAUUUUUAUGAGGAAAGCCAGGAGGGGUCAGCUGUACAUGGGACUGCAAGAGGACAACACACUCAUUCUGCACAACAAGGAGAGAGAGAGAGCAUUGUUGACAGUGCAUCUCUGAUGCAGGUUAAGCAUCAACAGCCACAGCAACAACACUUGCAACGGCAACACCACAGAUUACCACCAGGACAAGUAGAAGGCAAAAUUAUUAACAGCCCACCUGAAAACUCACAAAGCAGAAAGAAUUAUGAAUCAGUUGAUAUUGUAGUUUAUACCACUCAAGAACCUUCACUACACAGGGAUUCUGGUAUGAAAGCAAGUCACAGUGAGCACAGCAAAAAUAGUUCACAUACCAGGCAUCCUGUCUCUCCUUCUCAGCCACUAAGGUCAGAGGGACCAGAUGAUACUGAUAUCAUUGUGGAGCCAGUGGAUGGUGAAGCUGCUCGUCCCAGUGGUGCCAUUUUAUCACUUGCACUUGGAUUGUGUGUAACAGGCAUAAUGGUUGUGCUUGUUGGGUGCCGAUUACGUGUUGUUCGGAAGAGACUCCGUAGAGGUGGCAAAUCCCCGUAUGCUCAUGAAGCAGAUUACCUUGUGAAUGGCAUGUACUUGUAGCUCUAUACUGAGCAAUAACUAAUUGAAUCUAACAGAGGCCUUAACAAAUGUGAAACUUCCGCAAGAGUUAAGCAAGUACCAGGAAGGAACUCAAAACUAGAACUGAAAAUUGUUUUUAUACUAUUGUUAUAACAGUUGUAAUAUGUGUGUAACCUCAGUAAUAAUGUAAUCAUAUCUGAUGCAGGGUGAUUUAGUUCAAAUGAGCAUUCAUGUGAUUACAAUGUGUAUUUUUCUCUAGUGUUUCACAUUUAAAUGCCUUAAUGCCUCAUAGCAUUAUCUGUGAACAUAUCAAAGAGAGAACAAUAAAUUCAUAGUUUGAAGAAUGCAGACUGAAUUGUUAAUUACAAAGCAAACUUCUUACUCUUGUUUGUUUUUUUCCUGUGGCCUAUUAUUAAUAUAUAGUAUUCAGUCUGCUAGAAGAUACCUUCUUUCUGAGAGAAUUGUAAGUUCGCUCUUUGUUUAAGGAUUUUGAAAAUGAUUUUGACAAUGUUUUUACUAGCUAUUAUGCUAAAUAUUAAAAUAUUGCAAAACUUUCAUAUUAUCCAUGCAUAGCAUUGGUAAUUGUGCCUCCAGAAAUAAGAGUUAUAAAUAACACUGUACAUUUGAUGUGCCUUGCAUCCUCUGUUCUAGUCUUGCCCCUGAUUUCUGAAGAUUUUUAAGUCCAUUUGGAAUACUUAAGGACUUCCUUUCCCUUCUCUAUAAGGAUCUAGAUUCAGAUAGAUGAAACAUAUGGUUUAAAGCUUCAGCUUCUUUGGGCUUCAGCUAUCAUAUUUUCGGGUUAACUGUGUCCUUAUUUCCACUGAUAUAGUAAGUCGUGAACUAGAUGUUAUUCAGAUUAUGAUGUUCUUUAUAAUAUCAGGACACCUCUAGGCACCAACGUAUUUUAGAACUAAACUUCAGCCUAAAGGAUUGCUGUAUUUUUCUCCAAUAUAGAGCUGUGUAGUUCUUCCACCCAGAAUUAAAUAUCUGUUAAUUUUCUGAGAAUGUCUUUAUACAUGAAAAGAGAAUGUAAACUUGCAAUUAUGGUACAUUAUGUUGAACUUGUUUCAGCUUUUCAUCAGUGAAUAGGCUUUGCAUCAGUGAAUAGGCAAAAGCAGAAAGAAAGUAAAUAUCAAUAAUUCAAACUUGACUUUCAAAUUGAAUGAAAAAUUAUAAAUCUGAAUUUAUAAGAACAAUAUAGAAAGAUAGAUUGCUACUCACCAAGAGAGGAGGCACUGAGCCACAAACAGGCACAGUGAAAAAGAAUGCUAGAACUACUUCAGCUUUUGGGCAAAGUCUUUCUCCAGAAGUAGAAAACUCACACCAGUUACACAACAACAACAACAACUCACUUGCACAUGGCUACUGUCGCUCGCAUGGCUGCUGUCGCUGAGUGCCGAGUCCUCACUGGCCUUGUGCCCAGAGACAGUAGCCAUAGGGGAGUGAAUUGUUAUUGUUGUUUUUGUGAAUGUAUGUGUCUCCUACUUCUGAAGAAAGACUUUGCCAAAAAUCUGAAAUAAUUUUAGCGUUAUUUUUCAUUAUUUCUGUCUGCAACUCGAAAUUUGAAUUUGUAAUAUUACUUUGAUUCUGUCUAUGAAUGUUCACUAAUACAGGCCUGAUGUAUGCAAAAUGAAUAAGGUACGAAGAAGUAUCAUAAAUUUAUAUUUACAAUUUCACAUUCAGUCUUUACAUUUACUUUCAGCUGUGAAAUCAUUGUCACAAAAUCAACAAGUGUCAGAUUUGGUUAAUGCAGGGUGAAAAGCUGAAGUAAAUCUAAGGCAGACUUUUUUUUUU